AGUACGUCAACGUGCGGUGCUGCGGCCUUGAUCACGUGGGGUUAAGUGACACGUGUAUUUCGCUCUUGUGUAUAUAAGCCAGCGUUUUAUACUUAGAAACCACUCUGUUCCUAAUUUUCCCUUGCAACCCUUGCAAACAGAGUCAGAAAUUUCAUGGCGAUGUCUGUCAUUCUCCAGCUUGUAUGUGCUUGCAUGAUUGCUGCACCGGUUAUAGGAAGCCAAACCCUGAUCGGAGAUGAUCCGAGCCUCCAAGCUUACCAAAAUGAAGAAGAGUGCUUUCCAUUCACCGAGCCUUGGUACGUAGUUUACCGCAACUUCGAGCUGGACCCGUACUUCGGACAGGCUGCCACGUGUAUAAGGGCCGUUGAAACAAGCCCUUAUGCGAGUGGAUCGACCACUGCUGACGUCCUGUACUCGCCUGAUGUCUCUGUAAAGGUGAAGCUAACACUGACGUCGUCUCCUGGAUACAGCGUAAAGAAUGUCAUCACCGUGGAAAGUGUCGAUGAUGCGAGCGUCAAAUUCGACUUGACGGCUGUAUACAAGGACUGCCAAAAGUGCAAGGUCUUCCGCCACAGCUAUAUUAACGAAGGACAAGGGUGCACCUUCUGGAAGCCAGAGAGUCAGCUUGGAGUGAAUGACACCUGCUGUGACUUUAUCUUCGACCUGCUCUGUGGCUCCUCGCCCAAAUACCAGAUCUACGUUCCUGGUUGUGAGGGUUCUGGGUGAAACCACUGUUGCGCAUUUACUGCUUGCGCAAUUUUUCGG